GUCGAGCUGCCAGCUCUUCGUUUCGUAUCGUUUCGUCAUACUCAUACCUCCCUAUCUCAAUUACUCCAUCCCGAUCGAAUACGAAGUUUUAUAAUACCGCCAACCUAGCUAUGCAUUUCCCAACACUCCCCACCAUUCUGCAAACCACUUCUCUUGCAACUUCAACAACCCUCCUCGCUCUAUCGGCUGUUACAGUCUACCUUACCACAGACUACACAAGCUCGCUAGAUUAUAGAGUCCCAGCAGGGUCUUACAAAUGGGUUGGACGCCUUGGCUCACCUGAGCGCGGCGCGUACUGGGACGCCGUCGACUCUGGAAGUAAAGACUUCGACAUAGUGACACUAGAGUAUGUGAACAGUAACGAUAUCUGGAUUCUGACGAGUGGGUGUGUUGGUCUGGUUGCUGGUCUGAUGGGAUGGCUGGCUGUGUGGUGGAUGUCAAGGAAGGAGAAGCACUCAACAGCUCGUCCCUCUAGCUUUCCAUGGAUGCUUGUCUCUUCGAUCUUCUUCGGCACUGCGGCGCUCGCUAUGUCUCUCACGUCCACAAUCUUCACAUCACAAACUAAGGCCCGUCUGCAAGGCGCAACUUGCAUACCAAAUUCUGUUUAUACGCCUGCCAACAACUACUUCGUUUGCACACGCGAGCUAGCUGCUUGCGACCAACUAGAGAAUAUCUAUAUGGAGAAUAUGGAGUGGAGCGAGAGGAUGUGCAAAGAGGCAAGGGCGAGCAGAAUGAUUUUGGCACCAACUUUGGUUUGCGCAGUAGUCUUGAUCGUCGUGUGGGUUGCGCAGAUUGUUGUCAGCAGGAAGCGGGAUACUGCUGUCGCUGAUAUGAGAGUGCAGAGGCUUCAGCAGGAAGACAAGUGGGAGAAGUCGACGGUGUAUGAGCCCAUGAGGUAUGACAUGCGAGAGAAGGCGUGAGAUUUUGCGCGCUUGAGAUGUGGAUGUAACCUGUCGCUGGAACCAUUGUACGACUCGGAAGAUGCAAUUGACAGCGCACAUUUGGAUGGAAACGAGAGUGAUUCCGAGAACUGGUAAAGAAGAGAUGGAGAUAUAUCUCCGGUCAACACCACUGUAGCGACGCCUCAAUGUUUCGUAGCCUGUAAAUCUCAAGACUUCAAUCUGGGACCUGCAU